UAGAGGGAGACAUUUUGUUAAUCCUGAUUUCUCUGCACAAAAUCGUCCGCUUAAAAAGCUGCCUGUAACGUUAGUCAACAUACAUUGCGGGUCUGAUCAGCCAAGUUGCUGUAAAUUGUCGGCGAGCCAGCCUGCGUAUUGAAAUAAAGAUGAAGUUUUCGCUAAUUUAACCUUAAUUAUUGAUAAUUCGUUCAAGGCUUCCGAUUCAGAUAUGACAAGAUAGAGUCUUCGCAAGGAUUGUAAAUCUGUGCGUUAUAGCGUUAACGUUAUAGCUUUUAAUCUGAGGACGAUUCUGUGGUUUUAUUUUUUGUUGGUUAAAUUUGGUGUAGUCAACAACCGGAGCCAAUGAAACGUUACGUAGCCUAAUGUCGUCGGGACAUCUGCGUUUUAAUGUGCUCAGUAUAGGCUGUCCGUUUUCUGACAAAGGCUAUAUACUAACGUAAACGGUACAGAGCACAGUGCCAGACACCAAAGGCUGUAGAUAUACAGACAGUCAUAUCUUUACGUAUUUUUAUAUAUAGAACCCCUAGACUGCGCCAUGUUGAGAAAGAAGAAGACUGAAGCCGGGAUGUCCCAACUUAAACCAGACAAUCCUCUAAUAAAAAUGGGAGUUCAAGACGAUGAGGAUGUUAAGAUGAUGCUACAGGGCUCCUCUGUGACGAAGGUGCGUUCUCCACGCUGGAAGAGGAAACGAAUGCUAAAGCUGAUGAAUGAUGGGGUUACAGUCUGGUGUGAAUCCAACAAGGCCACCAGCAGAGCCAAAUCUCAGCAGUCAUUCUCUGUAGCAGAGGUGGAGUGUGUACUGGAAGGCUGUAAGUCUGAGACGUUGAGAAACCAGGCCGCCUCACUCCCAGAAGAACAGUGUCUCACCAUUGUGUUCAAAGGAGGAAGAAAGAGCUUGGAUGUCCAGUGUGACACAACAGAGGAAGCCCAGCACUGGGUCCAUGGCAUUCGAACCCUCCAGGGCAGAGUCAAUAACAUGACCCAGAAAGAAAAACUCGACAAUUGGAUCUAUGGCUACCUGAAACAAGCUGACAUAAAUCAUGAUGGCAAGAUGUCAUAUGAGGAGGUUCAAGUCCUUUUCAAGCUGGUCAACAUAGACCUGAAUGAAGAAUAUGCUGCCAGCCUUUUUAAGAAAAGUGAUAAAUCAGCAGAUGGACGGCUUGAACAUGAGGAGAUCGAGCUAUUUUGCCGUGAGUUGCUACGUCGGCCAGAGUUGGAUGCAGUGUUUCAACAGUACUCUGCAAACGGUUGUGUCCUGUCCACUGUGGAUUUGCGGGAAUUCCUGAAAGAUCAGGGCGAGGACCACACCCUUGUACAUGCGCAGAGCCUCAUCCUCACCUAUGAGCUCAAUGAAUGGGCCCAGAAGAACCAAUUCAUGACAGCGAAUGGCUUCACCAUGUACAUGCUGUCUAAGGAGAAUGAUGUGUAUAACCCAGAUCACAGAAGAGUAUACCAGGACAUGAGCCACCCAUUAAGUCACUACUUUAUCUCCUCAUCACACAACACCUACCUCACUAAAGACCAGCUCAUCAGUGAUAGUAGCGUUCACCCUUACAUAAGAGCUCUAAGUCAAGGCUGUCGCUGUGUGGAGCUGGACUGCUGGGAUGGAGAAAAGGAGCCAGUUAUUUACCAUGGACACACCCUCACAUCCAAAGUGCCAUUUAGUGAUGUGGUGAAGAUCAUCGCUGAAUAUGCUUUCACGACUUCUCCAUAUCCUCUUAUUCUGUCUCUGGAGAACCACUGCUCUGUGGAGCAACAGACAAUCAUGGCCCAGCAGUUGCGCUCAAUUCUGGGGGACAAACUGCUCAGCAAACCUCUCAAUGACAAGCCACUUCAAUACCUGCCAUCACCAGAGGAUCUAAAAGGGAAGAUUUUGAUGAAAGCAAAGAAGAUCAAAGUGGAGCAGGACAGCUCCAGCUCCGACUCAAGCUCCUCAGAUGAUGAAUCUAAAGCUGAUUGUAAACCUAAACCAGAGAAGAGAGACUGUAAGUUGAGUUCUGAACUGUCUGAUCUGGUGGUUUAUACCUCCAGUGUUGCCUUUAAACAGUUUGAUCCAUCCGCCAAGAAAGCUCCAAACGAGAUGUCCUCUUUCUCUGAGAGUGAUGCGCUGAAACUUAUCAAAGAAUCAGGAAAACUGUUUGUACGUCACAACAGUGUUCAACUGAGCCGAAUCUAUCCAUCUGGUCAGAGGGUGCAGUCUUCUAACUACAACCCUCAGGACAUGUGGAAUGCUGGUUGCCAGAUAGUGGCACUGAACUUCCAAACCCAAUCUGAAGAGAUGGAUCUGAACAGAGGCCGUUUCUUAGCAAACGGAAAUUGCGGCUAUGUGCUAAAACCAAGCUUUAUGUGCCAGCCUGAUUCAGAGUUUAACCCAGAAAACACUGGGGGAGGUCCUGGCUACAACCCGACACUACUAACUAUCAAGGUGAUUUCAGCCCAGCAGCUGCCUAAACCUGACAAAGAAAAGCUCAGCUCCAUUGUGGACCCUCUUGUUUGGGUCCAAAUUUACGGGGCUCCCAUAGACAACAGCACGAAGAAGACACACCAUAUUAACAAUAAUGGGUUUAACCCUAGAUGGGACUGUACCUUUAAGUUCCAGCUUCAUGUGCCAGAGCUGGUGUUAAUCCGCUUUAUGGUCGAGGACCAUGACUACACCACCAGGAAUGAUUUUCUUGGCCAGUUUACACUUCCGUUCCCAAGCUUGCGGACAGGUUACAGGCACGUGCGCCUUUUGAAUGCAGAUGGCUGUAGCAUAUCGCCCUCCAGUCUCUUCAUUCAUGUCAAAAUCACACCUGGAUUCAGCAGCCCCACAAGAAAAGUAGUCGCACAUAGUGCCCGAGAAUAAAGCAUGCGUUUCAAUCAUCAAGAACAUCUUUUUUACCAACUUUGUAACCAAAAACUACGUGAGAGCUAUAUGUUAUGAACUAUGUAUUAUUUGUAUUAUUUUGAACUAUGUAUUAUUAUCUGCAUAUCCCAAAGGUAUCCCAAAUGACAGGACUUUACAUGCACCAGUCUAUGUAGCAUCUUGCAAGUUAUCAUUUCUCAACAAAAAUGACUUUCUAUGCAGCUACUGAAAGUGAAGAACCGACUCAGACAUGAAGCAUACUUGAAGAUGGUGUUGACAAUCGCUGAGCUGAGCCAGUGCAAUUAAAAUGUACUCAGUAUAAUAAGGAAAACUGCUGCACUUAUGUCAACACAAAGACAAGAAAAUGUGAUUUGACUUUUUGUACAUGCCAUACUGCCAUGACAAAAUCUCUGCAACUCUUUUAACUUUUAUUUUUCAAUAUGUUUAACCUUUAUAGCUUUUAACUUGAAAUUGAUAUAUUUAUCACAUAUUUACAUAACAGUUCAUUGUAAACUUUUUAUUUUGCAAAAUAGUUAGUGUUAGUCUGAUAAGAAUGACUUUAAAAUGCUAUGAAUUGCUUAUUUUGAAAUAUACUGUAAGCAUAUCCGCUUGUUAAGUUGUGACGUUUGGAAUACUGUUUUCGGGUCCAAGACGCUAAUCAUUUGAAUUGAGAAAAUAUUAGUUUAUGAUUACUUUUUAGUCAUAUCUCACAUUAAAGUGAAAUUUAUAUAAAAUCUUGGUGUACACAACAGUCUUUGGACUUGCUGUGUAAUGUGAAGUGGAAUGCUGACAAGGGAGAUGCGGAUCUAAAAGCAGGUUUAUUUAAUAGAGAUGAUCAGGCAAGCAACGGUCACAAUCAGGAGCAAACUGAUGUAUACAGGCAAUCCAGAGUCAUAGUCAAAUACACAGGCGAUUGGUCAGUACAGACAACAUAAACAAACAAGGCGAGGGGAAACAAGAUGUAAUGUUCGAAAAACUGAUAAACAAGACUCAGCAACGUCAGAGUGAACUGUAUAUAUGUGAGUGUAAUCAGUCUAUGAGCAGCUUCAGCUGUGUGAGUAAUCAAAAUUCACUUUGUAAAUAUUUAUUAUUUCCAUUAUUACCUAGUCUCCCUGUACAGUUUAAUAUAGCGCUUGGACCUGGAAGCUGCUUCACUUGACGUCACACUUAGCCACAUAGGCCAUUGUUGCAUUUAUAUAAAGGGAAUCAAUGCCAAAUGUUCUGUCAUACAGCUGUUAAUAAAGCCAUGUUAAAUAAAUUGUUUAAGGCUACAAAUGUAAGCGAGACCCUGAGAAGUCUCACUGAAAACAACAAAAAGCCAUCAAAUGACAGAAAGUUGUCAGUAGCAAAGGAUUUUUUUCAAGCUCAUAGCCAGGGGUUUAAGAACCCCACUGCCAAUGGGCUUACAUGACCUCCCUCUACCUGUUUUUGACUGCCAUUCCAUCAAAAUUAUUUAUUAAAAAUAGUAUAUAACUGCUAA